UAAACCAAAAGGAAAAAUAGUGAUUUUUUUAAAUGGUAGUAAAUUCCAAAUAUCUUUUGUGAGUGCUAGCUUAUGUUUUUGGGCGUGAUUUGAACUCUUUAGAGGGAGAGAAAUUGAGGAAGUUCAAUAUAUAUUUUUAGAGAAAAAAUGAUUUUGUACUUGGCCAAAUACAUAAAAACAUGGAAUGUCAAAUAGGAACAUGUCUUAGUUGAGGUGUCAAAAUGAAAACUAGAGUUAAGUUUAAAGGGCGCUUAUGUAUGUGGUUAAGUAUAAAACCAUUUUCUCUACAAAUAUAUAAUGCACUUCCCCAAUUCAUCUCUUCCUAUCUAAAGAGUUGAAAGACAAAGUGCUUACCCUAGAUUGAGACUUGAAGAGUCCAAAUAGUAUCCUACAACUGAAGCACUCAUAAAAGGUAUUUGAAAUAUACUACUUUCUCUUAGGGUUAGUGUUAUGCUACAAUUAUAUAGAUUCUUUAGAGUUUGCAAAUUUUAUACUAAUUAAGCUAUUGAUUUGUUGUUCUAAAUCUAGCAAAAAAAUAGCUUCUAAUUGCUCAACAAAUAUCUUGUCAAUUAAGUGCAUAAUUUUCUCCCUUAAUUAUUUCAUCUGUUAAUCCCAAGAGUGUCGCAAUCUUGUAAUAUCGUCACAGUGGAACAUUGAGACUGUAACUCCGUUGCCUCUUCGGAAUCAGAAGGAUCAAUAGUGGCCCCACUGCUUCUAUCAAGCAACACUAAACUCUCGACGUAUUUGCUCAAGAAGAAUGAACAACACCUACCAUGGAUAUCAAGAUCCUUAUAUUUCAUGUUCUCUAGAUCCUAUGAUAAAAUAUUCUCAGGAUAUUUCACCACUAGAAAUUCCCUAUUUCUCAUGAACCCAAAGGCAUCUGCAAUCUCACCCUUUAAAUCCACAACAAAUUUCUCCAUCCACGACUUCAAUUUACCAUACUGGCUAAUGAACUAGACAACACAACUAUAACAUGAUCGAAGACUACGACCUCGUUUGUAUCACAAUCCUCUUGCGACUAGGCUAUCCUCACCACCUUAAGAUCGUGAAUUUCUUUUUAUCAAACCCAAAUUCAAGGUAAAACAUGUAAGGCUCAUAUAUACCAAAGUGAACACGAGGCUUAUAGCAUGUUUGGCCAAACUUCUAAAAUGAGCUUAUUUUGAAAUGUGUUUUUCCAAAAGUACUUUUUGGUGAGAAACAGUUUGUGUUUGGCCAAUAAAUUUUGAAAGCACUUUUGAGUAACAAUUAGUGUUUGGCCAAGCUUUUUCAAAGUGCUUCUAAGUGUAUUUUUCUCAAAAAUGUUCUUCAAUUUUUAUUCUUUUUGGGAAAAAACUACUUUUGAGCUUAUGAUAAACAGAUUGGCCAAACACUAAUUGCAAGAUGGAAGGGUCAAAAACCCACUUAGAGUAUUGACUAACAUCUACAAUGAUUUUACUACAUUCUUGUUUCUUGUGGAUAAAUAAUUCCGCAUGUGCCAAAAAAUAAAUUAAUUGUUAGGUUGAAAAUUGAAAGGAUUUAUAUUUUUGGGUAAAAGUUGCGGGUUAUUGUAAGAAAAAUUGGGUCCUAGCUGUGGUUCUCCAUUAGAGAUCCUUCUCCGUUGGCACCCAAAACUUUUCCCUUACCCAGAUAAUCCCAACAAGGAAAAAAAAUUAUAUCUUACCCCUUUUCUCUAUCGGUGGACGCAUGGUGACGACUCCCUGAGGAAGCACAAGAACAAAGCUCAGGUGACGAUUGAGGAAGCUUACGAUCAUACCGAACUGGAAUGGCCUUCAACUGUUGAUGCCUAAAUAUUUCCAGUAUUCAUCAGUUUCUCUUGAAGUCGAAGCCACUUGGUGAACUUUGCUUUGGGCCUUGCACCGUUCUUGAACAUAAGGUAUUACCAAGGUUCUUAGUGGUUUAUGAUGCCUCCUAAGGGAAGAGAGCGUGGCCAAAGUUUAAGGCCCGACAUCCUUAGCAAUCUUCCCCAUAAUGUAAUCGACAUCAUUCUGAUACAUUUGCCUUGCAAAGAUGCUGUGAGGACAAGUGUUUUAUCAAAGAAAUGGAGGUAUCACUGGUGUAGACGUACGGAGUUGACCCUUGAUGAAUCUCUAUGGAAAACAAGAGAGGAUUUACUAAACCCUACAGUUAGAUUUAGGGAGAUCAUCUACCAGCUCUUGACCCUUCACGAUGGGCCCAUUACUAAGUUUACCCUCAACAUCGUUCAUCUAAAAAGGUGUCCUGAAAUUGACAACUUCAUAUUUUUCCUCAGGAAUCACAUUCAAGAUCUUGUUCUGCACCUUCCAUUUGGAAAGCGAUUCACAUUGUCAUCUAUACUUUUCACAUGUUCGCAGCUGAGACAUCUAAAUCUCCAUUCUUGUUCAAUUUAUCAUCCAUCUGCCUUUGAAGGAUUUGAUAAGUUAAUCAGCCUGGAACUAUGUGGAGUCUCAACUUCUUCUGAAUUGCUGGAAAGUUUGAUAUCUCAUUGCCCCUUACUUGAGCAAUUGGUGCUGUCUACCACAGAAGAUUUAGACAGGAUUGAAAUUAAUGCUCCUAUGCUGAGAUUGUUCAGUUUCACAGGCGAUAUAAGUUCUAUCUGCCUAAAGAAUGUCCCUCGUCUGGUAGAAGCAUCUCUGCUAGGUGACAUUGAGCAGGCAGAGAGUCUUGAUUUUGCAAAGAUUUUCGAGUCUUGUUCUGCUCUCGAGGACCUCAGCUUGAACUUCUUAAAUUCGGAGUUCGUUGCUGAAGAAGGAUAUGAAGUACCAACAAGGCUUCCCUAUAAUCUUAACAAUGUCAAACAAUUUUACCUGCCUGACAUUUUGCUGGUGGAAUCAUAUAAGCUUUCUUAUGUUCUUUGCUUGAUAAGAAGCUUCCCAUAUUUGGAAUAUCUCGAAAUGGAGGUUUGUGAUGAAGAUGAUAGUGAUACUGAUGAAGAAUCUACUGAAGAAUCCCUUCAACCCGAAACUUUGUCAGACCUGACAUUUAACCACCUUGGGGAAGUUCAGCUGGGAAGCUUUAUAGGAAGAACAUCCGAGAUGCUGUUUAUCAAGCAUUUGUUAGCCAACUCCCCGGUGUUAGAGAGACUGGUAAUCAAUCGACAGUUUCUAGAUGAGGAGCCUCUCGAUACAAGAGAAGAAAUAUUCACCGAGAUCUCAAAUUUUCCGCGUGCAUCACCUAAAGCAGAAAUCGUCUACAAAGAUUUAAGCUGAUCUUGAUCUUUGGCUUAGAAGAAUCAAAUUGACAAGCGCAAAAGAGACAUUUAUGUGGUAUUAUAACUCUCUGUUUUACCUUUCUGUAACGUCUAAUUCGGAACGUGAACAUUGCUUGGAUGGAUGUUUUGAUUAGUUUGUUGUCAUUACAUGUUUAAGGAUUUCUAAAUUUACUGUCUGUU